GAAUGCCGGUACAGACUUUCUCGAUACGCUCGAAGGACCAAAUUCGUUCGAAGAACCGUCUCUUGCGUUCUGUUUUUACGUUAUUCUCGGCCCUAGGUACUUACUACGAGUAUUUUGGCUACAGGUAGUACCCUUGUCACGGUGUGUUAUCGCGAUAUGCUACCUGUUUGAGUGAUUUUUCGAAAUGUUCGAGCUUGAAAACGCGCGUAAAUCUGAAAAAAUCGACGCGCCAAAAACUCUGUUGUGAUUUUUUGAAAGAUUUUGGCUCGAAAAUACGAUUGUCAGUGAUUUUUUGGAUAUAAGGAUGCUUUUUCCGAUGAUACAGAAAAUGUAGGACGAGUUGGGUGGAUAAAAAUCGAUCAAGAUGGCGACCCCGGGAGUUUCUUUGCCCUUAAUUUCGAUAGCUACACCCUCGAGGGACUCCUUGACCUAUACAACGACGAAAGGCCUCCUUAAUGGACCAGGACAAAACAACUGCUUUUUGAACAGUGCAGUUCAGGUACUAUGGCACUUGGACAUCUUCAGAAGGAGUUUCAGGGAUCUUUCUGGACAUGCCUGUAUGGCAGAUUCUUGCAUCUUCUGUGCGCUCAAGGAGCUUUUUUCUCAACUCCAGUUCAGCCCUGAGACAGCCCUGCCUCCAGAUGCCCUUCGUAGGGCUCUGGCCGAAUCUUUCUUCGAUCAACAACGAUUUCAACUGGGAUUUAUGGACGAUGCCGCCGAAUGUUUCGAAAAUAUGCUUUUACGAAUCCACCAACAUGUGGCUCAUGGACAAGCUGAAGACGCCUGUGCAGCGCCGCAUUGCGUGCCUCAUCAGAAGUUCGCUAUGACUUUGGUAGAGCAAGCUGUUUGUGGCAAUUGUGGGGCCACAUCAGAGCCCCUGAGUUACACGCAGAUGGUUCACUAUGUUUCGACUUCGACUUUAGUCUACCAAGUACGAACGAAUUCUGGACGCCAAGGCCCUCUGGAUACUUUCGGAAAGCUGCUACAAAAAGCUGGAAGUAUGGGUGACAUCAGGCAAUGUCCCAGCGCCUGUGGUUCAGUGAUACAAAUAGGACGAACCCUAAUGAAUCAUCCCGAAAUAGUUUCAGUCGGUUUGGUCUGGAACUCUGAACGUCCCACUCUAGAGCACAUCAUGGAAGUAUUUGCAUCCAUAGGAACGAAUUUGAGGCUUGGAGAUGUCUUCAAUAGCGUGGUAGACUCCAGAUGGGCAGAAAAUUCCAUCCACAACUUGGUUGGUGUUGUUACUUACUACGGAAAACAUUACUCCACCUUCUUUUUCCAUACAAAACUCAGAGUGUGGAUCUAUUUCGACGAUGCAACUGUGAGGGAAGUGGGACCUCGUUGGGAUCAAGUGGUCGAAAAAUGCAGGAAAGGGCGAUAUCAGCCUUUAUUGUUGCUGUAUGCAUCACCCGAUGGGACUCCGGUAAACACUGACAACGCUCCAAAGCAAAUAACGCCCUUUUACACGGACAAAACCAAGUCGAAACCGAUGGUUAAUCAACAACUACUCAGAAGAUCGGUCACACCAAGUCCCGAAAAGCCCAUAAUAGGAAAUACCAGACGUGCCAUAACACCUAACCCCGAAAAUUCGCCAUUAAGUCAAAAGCCUCCUUUACCCAGGUCAUAUAACGAAUACCAGAACCUUGCUGUUAUCCAGAAGAACAUUUAUCCGCCCAGAGAAGUCCAAAAUUUUGAUCAAGUUGAUGGUUGUUUGAAUAAAAAAGAGCCAGAUUACGUUAUAAGGAAACCUCUAGAGUUUGUCAAGCCCCAUGUUAACGUUCACAGGACUCUGAGUAAUGGGUCUUCAUCUGGAGUUGAAGGAAUGCCAGAUCAUGUUAAUUUACCGAGAAGACGUGAUAGUGGGAACUGGAGCGGUGAUAGAAACAGUGCCUCAUCUGCUUCUUCAACCACCAUGGAGAAUCCUUACCUGUAUUUAGUUGGAAAGGUUCCUCAUGGAAGUGGUAGCGUUCCUGGAAGCCCUACAAGAAUAAAAAGUGAUUCUUCUAGCGGAAGUAGUGGAGUUUAUGAUGCUGGCUACGAUUCUUAUUCGUUAUCAUCAAACGACAGCUCAAGCAUGAGCACUUUACAGCACUUAAUGAAAAUGGGGCAUUUAGCAAAAAUUCCUGAGGACUACAGCAACGUUAUAGCUAACCAACCGUCUUUAAGCUGUGACGUGCUUUGUGAUGAAGCUGACGAGUUACUGGUGAAGUCACGUCAACUCGAAGACGAGCAUGAUCUUGUUUUAGCGUUAGCUCUAUGCAACGCUGCUGCUACUAAAGCUAGGGCUGCUAUGAAUGCUCCGUAUAACAACCCUCAGACGUUGACUUUAGCUCGCAUGAAGCAUAAUACUUGUAUAAUGCGUGCUAGAAGCUUACACAGACGAAUGACGCAGACUCAGAACACAAACAAGGAAAAUACUCCAGAAAUCCGACAUACUCGUGAAGGUAGUAGUGGAAGUGGUAGACAUUCACGUCAGAACUCCAGAGAUAAAGGUAGUCAUUCCAGACAGAACAGCAGGGAGCUUCUGUUACAACAAGAAAAAGAAAAACCGAAAGUAACGAAAAAUAUCGAGAUAUAUGCGACUCUACCCAAGAAAAAAGAUGCCCUAAAAGCGAAGUUAAACGAAAUAAGUAUCGAAGAUGCCGAGUACGUGAUCUACGACAAGGCUCCCGAACGAGAAUCCAGGUCUAUAUUCUCCAGAUCGAAAAAUAAAGACUCCAAGGUGAAAGAAAAACGUUCCAGAAGUGAGGAUCGACACAAAAUUAGCCGAAGCGACUUUUCAAUAGCUCCAGAAAUCAUUACCGGCAAAGACACUUUGAAAAAAGCUAAAGACAACAAGGACAAGGAAGAAAAGAAGGAUAAGGAUGGUAAAACGAAGAAACAGCACAAAAUCAGACGAAAACUCUUAAUGGGAGGCUUGAUCAAAAGAAAGAACAGAAGCAUGCCGGAUUUAACUGAUGCAAAUGUUGUAGAAACAUCAGGAAGUAAGUCACCUCCCUGUGUUAUCGCUGAUGACAGUACUGUAGGCCUUAAGGGUACUACUGAAAAUCAAAAAGUUAUGACUGGGUAUUUGUCUGAAGGUCAUCUUGAGUUUGCUGGUUCUAACGCCAACCCAAAUCUAGAAAGGAGUAAGUUGAUGAGGAAAAGCUUCCACGGGAGUGCUGGAAAGAUCUUGGCAGUUGCAAAAGUUCCUCCACCACCACCCCUACGCACUACUUCCCAGCUUAGCACGUCUAAGUUAAACUCUUCGGGAGAAGUAGCUGAAGAGACUCUGGAUAAUUCUUUCAUGGGUCAUUACCAUAACCUGAAUCCCUACAAUAGGUCUUAUGAGGAACAGGGAUCCAUGUCGCUGCCAUAUUACCAUAACAACAAUAGUUCCUACGAUGACGAUUCUUUUGGUUCUUCUUCACGAACUGUAGUGACUCAGGCCGAUGUACAUCACGAACAAUCGCCUAUGAGCAACAAUAACGACAGUGGUGUAGAUGAAGUUGACUGUAUGCCAUCACAUCCAGUACCUUUACUGGAAUUACCGCCUUAUCCAAGUCCCAUAGGAUCAGUAAUUCAUUCCAGACAAGCCAGUGAAGAUUUUCCUCCGCCUCCACCACCUCUAGACCUGUCUGCUUUGGAGGAAUAUCUCCCAAAACCAACUCUAAUAGAAGAAGAGGCUUCUCCAGAGCCCAAUAGUUUACUUGCGCAGCUUCAGAAUAAAAGGCAACAAAUUCUGUCCCAUGAAACUGAGGCGCAGAAGAUCAAAACAUGUCCGAUUCAAACCAGCUCAGUAAGAUCAAGUGGUGAUACUUGGUUGAAGGAGUUGCAAGCUAAACAAGCAGCUCUUAGAAUAAAGAAAUCCGGAGCAGUUGAUAAUCAAAUAGGUGUGGACGAAGUUAACACUCAAAAAUACCUCCCAGGUGAGCAGAAAAUAAAUUCAGUAAAAGAUCUCGCUUCAAAGUUUGAGAUUACUGAACCUAGUAAACCUGUACCUCCAGUUAAGCCACAAGAUAAACCUGUAACAGCUACUAUAAAUGGUUUAAAACCACGAGAAAUAGAUGGAAAUGUUAUUUGUCCAGAACAAAUCGCCGAAGAACUACGUGAAGUCGAAAUGCUAUCUUCGGCAGUCAAUAAGGUUAUGAACGGAAAUCAAGAUACUUCUGAAGAGAAUAUCCGAAAAAUCAAGGUUGGGAAAAAGAAAAGUGUAUCUUUUUGUGAUCAAGUCAUCUUAGUUGCUACAGCAGAAGAGCAAGAGGAUGACAGUUAUAUCCCUAACCCAAUUUUAGAAAGAGUUUUGAGAUCAGCAAUGAAUAAACCGGAAGCAGCUGCUAUCAGGCAGGAAAUAUUGUCGUUAAGGGAACAAGAUGGCGAUGUUCAACUUGAGAAAACUCCACCUCAGAAACCACAGAUGUCUGUACCACUGAACGACGUUGCACAACCCUUGUAUAUUAGAAGAAAUUCUUUGGAUAACUUACUAAAUUCACAAAACACAUCAGAGUCUUCAGAAACUUGUAAAUAUCCCACACAAAACGCGGGCUAUAAUACUCAGGUAGUACCUCAACCUAACCUAAAUUCUGGUGACGUUCAGGUGAUGCCUGAUCAACAGUAUUAUGGCAAUUAUGGUACAAACGGUCCGGUAGUUCCACAAAACUAUCAACCACCCCCUCCUCAAAGUACAAACGACAUUAACAGUCAAUAUCAGUACAAUUCCCAUUCACAAAUUCACAAUAAUCAAAGUCAGCAAGCCAAUGGGUACUAUUAUGCGAGAGAGAAUCAACAGCCUGCAGUAAAUGGACAGUACGUGAGACAGAGUGACAUACAACAGUACAAAUCGUACCAGACACCCCAUUAUGGUCAAAAUCAUCAGGGUUACAACGGUCAACAGUAUCAAGAACAUGCUCCUCAACAAGGUCAUUACGGUACUGUCCAGCAAAAUGGACAUUAUCCUGAACAAAACACUCCUUACAGACAGUCGCCUUAUCAGGUGGUCCCACCAAAUGCGGCUGUCCAUCCAGGGUACCGACAAAUGCGUAGUACUCCAGAUUAUGGAAACCAGACUUAUUCUACGUCGCCUAGAGUGCCUUAUAAUCAACCACAGAUCAGGCAAAGUACGCCUAGUCCUAUGGGGUACCCGUUCAAUCAUCCUCCUUCACCUGCACCAUCCACAGUCAGUUCUAACUAUAAUUAUCAUCCAGCAAUGUACAGAAACUCCCCGGUAAACAACAAUAACAAUUUGAACCAAGUUUACCAACGGGUACCGAUGCCAAACGAAUAUACCCAAGGAUAUGGUUAUGGCGAGACUCAAUAUUCUAGAAGUCCCCAGGAGGUUCAUCAAAGAGUCCCGCCUCCUCAUGGUGAUGAUCAUGGGUUCCAGCAAGGAAUGAAGUACCCGACAUACCAACAGGUACCCAAUCCAAAGCAACUGCUGAAGAAAACUGUGAGCUUUGAACCGGGUACUAAAGGUUGUGAAUCUCCAACACCUAAAGCUAUAGUGACACCGAUUAUAGUGAACAAUUCGAACAACAGUGUCCCCACUGACAGGACGAAGUGUAACUUGUGUCGAAAAAAGAACGUGGCCGCAUCGAAUUUAUACUGUAUCGAUUGUGAAUUUUAUAUGUCCAGGUUUAAGCCUAGAAGCUAGCGAUAAUUUUUUUUUUCGAAAGUAAUUUUGUACUUAAUCAAAAGAUUGUGAUAUUUUUUCGUAGAUUUUUAUAUAAAAUAAUAAAGAGAAUGUAUAUAGAAAGAAACAGAUCUCAAUUUGUAACGUAAGAGAUUUUUGUACAUAUAUUUUUUUAAUGUUAGAUUAAAGCUAUGUUUAUUGUUAAGAAUGCCCUAUGAGAGUAUAAAAUAAAGAAUUAAUAUUAAUACAUUUUA